CAAACACAGUUAGAGCGUUUCAAAACAAGAAAGUAUGGGUACUGAUAUGCACUGAACUGAUGGCAAGAGGAAUAGACUUCAAAAACGUCAAUUUAGUCAUAAAUUUUGACUUUCCUAGAAAUCUGUCUACUUACAUCCAUAUGGUUGGUCGAGCUGGAAGAGCAGGACAGAAAGGUGCAGCCAUCACCUUUUUCAAUCAGGAGGAUUCAGAAUUCUUAAGGAAAUUUGCGCACAAGUUAGUAGCAUCUGGAUGUAGUGUUCCAGAAUAUCUAAUUGAAAAUAGGAAAGAAAGGAAAAAGAGGGCUCUGAAAGCAAAAAAAGAGCAAUCUAAAAUUGAAAAAACUAAAGUAGCGCAAAAUAAAAAGGACACAAACAAAAAUAAAUCCAAAGUUGACACUAAAAGAAAUAAAGACAAAAGCAGAGGUAAACCAAAAUUUGAGGGAAACAAAGAUAGAGAUAAGGUCAAGAAGAUGAAAGGAUUGGACAAAAAAGUAAUGAAGAAGGAGGUCUCCAGAAAAGAAUCAAUUGAAGCUGAUGACUGAUCGCAAAAUCAUUACAUUAUUGUAUAUAAAUUAUAAUUUUUGUAUAUAAAAAGUUUCAAAUAGAAAUAUAUCCCAAAGAA